CUGGCAGCACGCCGGACCCGCUGUCUCGCUAAGGCACAGCUGAUGGUGGCAGCAGCCUGGUGGCUUCUCUUAUAUCCGAGAAGGUAGCAAGAGAGAGUUUCAGGUUUCGUGCUCGGAAUCUCGGGAGGCUCGGGGAGCGCGUGCUUCAUUGCCUAGUAACGGCGCUCAGCGAGAAUGCGCGUUUCUUCUCUAGCCCCUCUCUGGAGCCCAAUUGCGGAAUGCACCUGCUCACCUGUUCCUGUCCGUCCCUAACGGGACACGUUCACAGUCCCCCUCUGCCUCUCCUUCUCCCUCUCUCUAACACACACACACACGCACACACACACACCCACACACACGCACACCUCCACCCCGCCUGCCCCAGCACCCCGGACUGAGUACGCAGGCGUGGUGAACAGUACCGCAGGCAGGGGGCGGCAACAUGGCGGAGCGAGUGGUGUCGCCUUCACAACGACAACACUAGCAGCUGCACCGCUACUGGCUGACAUCUCCUUGAAUCCAAAAAAGGGGACAACGUAUUCCGUUAAUUCUUGAGAUACAGAAAAAAAUACCUGCAGACUGCAGAGCCUUUAACAAAAAACGCUGUGGGGAGGAGAAGGAGGACUGGAGGAUUUUUUCUUUAUGAUUAUUCCAGAAUCAUCUUUUAUGCCUUUUCUUAGUCGGUGGUGAUAUUGACAAAAAAAAGAAAAGACAGAAAGAAAUAAAACGGUGUCUGUAUAAAGACAGGUGAGACUGUGGUCGCUCCUCUGGAUUCCAGGAGGAAAUGUCAACCGAAAAGCCGGUGUCGGUCCCGAGUUCGGCGGCGAUCACGGAUCGGGAGUCUCCUCCCCAGGGUCUUGGCCAGCAGAUAGCUACUGGGGAAGUGAUGGUGUCCGGUUCGGGUUCGAUGGUGCUGCCUGCAGGGGUGAUCAACCCCUCGGUCCCGAUCCGGAAUAUCAAAAUGAAAUUCGCCGUUUUGAUCGGACUGAUUCAGGUCGGGGAGGUGAGCAACAGGGACAUCGUCGAAACGGUGCUCAACCUGCUUGUCGGAGGAGAAUUUGAUUUAGAGAUGAACUUUAUUAUCCAGGAUGCUGAAAGUAUAGCUUGCAUGGUAGAACUACUGGAACACUGUGACGUUACUUGUCAGGCUGAAAUCUGGAGUAUGUUCACAGCUAUUUUACGGAAAAGUGUUAGAAAUCUGCAAACAAGUACAGAAGUUGGCCUUAUAGAACAGGUGCUACUGAAAAUGAGCACCGUUGAUGACAUGAUAGCAGAUCUUUUGGUUGACAUGUUGGGAGUUCUUGCCAGCUAUAGCAUAACCGUCAAGGAACUGAAACUCUUAUUCAGCAUGUUGCGAGGAGAAAGUGGAAUCUGGCCAAGACAUGCAGUCAAAUUGUUGUCAGUUUUGAAUCAGAUGCCUCAAAGGCAUGGGCCAGACACCUUUUUCAAUUUCCCAGGACGCAGUGCAGCAGCUAUUGCAUUGCCUCCCAUUGCUAAGUGGCCUUACCAAAAUGGCUUUACUCUCAACACAUGGUUUCGAAUGGAUCCCUUGAAUAACAUCAAUGUAGACAAAGACAAGCCCUACCUUUACUGCUUUCGAACAAGCAAAGGAGUUGGCUACUCAGCACAUUUUGUUGGCAACUGUUUAAUAGUCACUUCGUUAAAAUCGAAAGGGAAAGGUUUUCAGCAUUGUGUGAAGUACGACUUUCAACCUCAGAAAUGGUACAUGAUCAGCAUUGUUCACAUCUACAACCGCUGGCGAAACAGUGAAAUUCGAUGUUAUGUCAAUGGACAGCUAGUGUCUUAUGGUGAUAUGGCCUGGCAUGUUAACACGAAUGACAGUUAUGAUAAAUGCUUCUUGGGUUCAUCUGAGACGGCUGAUGCCAACAGAGUUUUUUGUGGUCAGCUGGGAGCAGUUUAUGUUUUCAGCGAAGCACUUAAUCCAGCACAGAUUUUUGCAAUACAUCAGCUAGGACCUGGAUACAAGAGUACUUUUAAGUUUAAAUCAGAAAGUGACAUACACUUGGCUGAACAUCACAAGCAGGUCCUUUAUGAUGGGAAACUUGCCAGCAGUAUAGCUUUUACAUACAACGCCAAGGCUACAGAUGCCCAGCUCUGCCUCGAAUCUUCACCAAAGGAAAAUUCCUCCAUUUUUGUACACUCCCCUCAUGCCCUUAUGCUUCAGGAUGUAAAGGCAAUAGUGACUCAUUCCAUUCAUAGUGCAAUCCACUCAAUUGGUGGGAUUCAGGUUCUUUUUCCAUUAUUUGCACAACUGGACUACCGUCAACAGAAUGACAGUCAGGUUGAAACCACAGUAUGUGCUACACUUUUGGCUUUCCUGGUUGAACUGUUGAAAAGUUCUGUAGCCAUGCAGGAACAAAUGUUGGGUGGAAAAGGCUUCUUGGUUAUUGGCUAUCUCUUGGAAAAGUCAUCAAGAGUGCACAUAACCCGUGCAGUUCUGGAGCAGUUCCUGUCAUUUGCGAAGUAUCUAGAUGGCCUGACACAUGGCGCACCACUCCUGAAGCAACUAUGUGACCAUAUUCUGUUUAAUGCUGCUAUCUGGAUUCAUACCCCUGCAAAGGUCCAGUUGUCACUGUAUACUUAUCUUUCUGCUGAAUUUAUUGGUACUGCCACCAUUUACAGUACCAUCCGUAGGGUUGGCACUGUACUACAGUUGAUGCAUACCCUGAAGUAUUACUACUGGGCACUGAAUCCUCUUGAUAGCAGUGGCAUAACGCCUAAAGGUUUAGAUGGUCCACGUCCAUCACAGAAGGAAAUCAUUUCUCUUCGAGCUUUCAUGCUGCUGUUUCUAAAACAGCUUAUAUUGAAGGACCGUGGUGUUAAAGAAGAUGAACUGCAGAGCAUUUUGAACUACUUGUUGACAAUGCAUGAGGAUGAAAAUAUUCACGAUGUUUUGCAGCUUCUUGUUGCUUUAAUGUCAGAGCAUCCAGCAUCAAUGAUACCGGCAUUUGACCAGAGAAAUGGCAUAAGGGUUAUCUACAAGCUACUGGCAUCCAAGAGUGAAAGCAUCCGGGUUCAAGCCCUUAAAGUGCUUGGAUAUUUUUUGAAGCAUUUAGGUCACAAACGGAAGGUUGAAAUUAUGCACACGCACAGUCUCUUCACCCUGCUUGGCGAAAGGUUAAUGCUUCACACCAACACUGUAACUGUGACAACGUAUAACACACUUUAUGAGAUAUUAACUGAGCAAGUAUGCACUCAGGUUGUACAUAAGCCUCACCCAGAGCCAGAUUCUUCUGUAAAAAUCCAGAAUCCAAUGAUCCUUAAGGUGGUUGCAACCUUAUUGAAAAAUUCCACCCCGAGUGCAGAACUCAUGGAAGUGCGUCGCCUAUUUCUUUCUGAUAUGAUAAAAUUGUUUAGUAACAGCAGAGAGAAUAGACGGUGUCUUCUUCAGUGUUCUGUCUGGCAGGACUGGAUGUUUUCUCUUGGUUACAUAAAUCCAAAAAACCCUGAAGAGCAGAAGAUCACAGAAAUGGUCUAUAACAUCUUCCGGAUUCUCCUGUAUCAUGCAAUAAAAUAUGAAUGGGGAGGUUGGAGAGUUUGGGUUGAUACACUCUCUAUUGCACAUUCAAAGGUGACUUAUGAAGCCCACAAGGAGUAUUUGGCAAAGAUGUAUGAGGAAUAUCAAAGGCAGGAAGAAGAAAACAUGAAAAAGGGCAAAAAAGGAAAUGUUAGUACUAUUUCUGGCCUUUCAUCUCAAACAGCGGGAGUAAAAGGAGCCAUUGAGAUUCGAGAAAUUGAUGACAGCUCCCAGACACAAACUCCAGAAAGUGAGACUGACUAUGCAGUGACUACAGACACAAGGAACUUGCUUGCAGAAACCAAAGGACCAGAUGAUGGACUAGGGGCCUCUGAAAGGCAGUCGGCUGGUGUUCGGGUUGAGGUUCAUGAUCUUUUAGUAGACAUCAAAGCUGAAAAAGUGGAGGCCACUGAAGUAAAACUUGAUGAUAUGGAUCUGUCUCCAGAGACAUUAGGCACCGCAGAAAAUGGUGCUCUAGUGGAGGUAGACUCUCUCCUUGACAAUGUUUAUUGUGCUGCUGUAGAAAAGUUGAAGAGCAGUGUCAGUGGGAGUAUAGUUUCUAAAGAAAGUGAAGACAAAAACAGUGGCCCCUUAAUAACGCUUGCUGAUGACAAAGACAGCUUAACCAACAGCAGUACCUCAUUUCUUUUUGGGAAAGUUUCAAGCCAGGAGGAAAAACUGAUUUCAGACCUGACAUCUAGUGACAUUGUAAUGCCAAAUGCCCAGGAUAUUCAGGUUCACACAAGUGCAGCUGAUGAUCUAGGACUCCUUGCGCAUAUGACAGGUAGUGCAGACUUAACAUCUGCAGCAAAUAUUCUUGAGAGCAAUGAAUUCAAAAUCCAGACCACUUUGGAUGACAUCAGUGCAAUUACAGAAGAUGAAAAUGCUUCAAGAGGAGCAGAAUUUUCUGAUAUGCCAAAUACAGGUGUGGACUGUGAGCCAUCUGUAAUCAAAACAGCAGGCAGUAUAGAUGCAGUUAGCACUACUUCAGAUACAGAAAGGUCUGAUGAUGGAAAAGACAAAGAAAUCAAGAAAAUACAGACCACUGCUACCACUCAAGCUGUCCAAGGCAGGUCAGGGAGCCAGGUGGAGAGGGAUCUGCGAGUUGAUUUGGGUUUCAGAGGAAUGCCAAUGACUGAAGAACAAAGAAGACAAUUUAGCCCUGGUCCUCGCACCACUAUGUUUCGUAUCCCUGAAUUUAAGUGGUCACCUAUGCACCAGAGACUUUUAACUGAUUUGCUGUUUGCUUUGGAAACCGAUGUUCAUGUUUGGAGAAGCCAUUCUACCAAGUCUGUGAUGGAUUUUGUCAACAGUAAUGAGAAUAUAAUUUUUGUACAUAAUACCAUACACCUCAUUUCUCAGAUGGUAGACAAUAUAAUAAUUGCCUGUGGAGGAAUACUACCAUUGUUGUCAGCAGCAACUUCACCUUCUGGUUCUAAGGUUAGUAUUACUGCUACGGAGUUGGAGAAUAUUGAAGCAACACAAGGUAUGUCGGCAGAGACAGCAGUGACGUUCCUUAGCCGGCUGAUGGCUAUGGUUGAUGUGCUCGUAUUUGCAAGCUCUCUUAAUUUCAGCGAAAUUGAAGCAGAAAAGAACAUGUCCUCUGGAGGCUUAAUGAGACAAUGUCUGAGGCUUGUCUGCUGUGUUGCUGUUCGGAACUGCCUUGAGUGUAGGCAAAGGCAGAGAGAUAGGACAACAAAAAGUUCUCUGCCAAACUGCAAAACUCAGGAAAAUGUGCAGUGUGCUAGUGGGGUGGUGGGUGGCAAGACAACCUUGGAGAACGUGCCUGGUAACCUUUCGCCCAUCAAAGACCCAGACCGACUGUUACAAGAUGUGGAUAUUAACCGUCUUCGAGCAGUUGUGUUUCGUGAUGUGGACGACAGCAAACAAGCUCAGUUUUUAGCACUGGCUGUUGUGUACUUUAUAUCUGUAUUAAUGGUUUCAAAGUACCGUGAUAUACUGGAGCCACAAAGAGAGACCGCUAGAUCUGGAAGCCAGUCUGGAAGAAAUAUCCGGCAAGAAAUCAACUCCCCAACAAGUACAGGUCUGGAAUUAUUAGAGAACCCAGCUUCAUUUUCUGAAAACGUUAAGGAUAAAGAAAACAUAACACCCAUUGAAGAUCUACAUAUAGAGAGUUCCCUGCCACACACGGAUUCAGGGAUUGGUGAAGAGCAGGUCUCUAAUGUACUGAAUGGUACAGAUCUUGAACCAAGUGCAGGCCCUGAUGCCAUGAGUGAGCUUCUGUCAACUUUAUCAUCAGAAGUGAAGAAAUCACAGGACAGCUUACCAGAAAGUCCAAGUGAAAUUCUAAAGCCUGCAUCUUCUAUAUCAAGCAUAAGCCAAGGUAACAAAGGAAUCAAUGUCAAAGAGAUCCUGAAGAGCUUGGUAGCAGCUCCUGUUGAAGGACCAGAGUCGGGACCUGAACCCCUACCAUAUCCAGACCCUUCUGUGAAAAGAGAAGCACAGGUCAUUCUGCCCAUGCAGUUCCACUCUUUUGACAGAAGUGUGGUUGUGCCUGUAAAGAAGCCCCCACCAGGUAGUUUGGCAGUAAACACAGUGGGUGCUGCUAGUGCAGCAGGAGGACUUUCUGCUGGAAGCACACCGAAUAUAUUUGCUGCAGCAUCGGCAACUCCAAAAAGCAUGAUCAAUACAACAGGUGCAACAGAUUCAGCAUCUUCUUCCUCCUCAUCAUCAUCAAGUUUUGUGAAUGGUGCUACCAGCAAAAAUCUUCCCGCUGUGCAGACUGUUGCGCCCAUGCCAGAAGACACUGUUGAAAACAUGAGUGAUGUGGACCAGUGUCCACUCAGAGCUGGACUGAAAUCACAAGAACUCAAUUCAAUUAGUCCUCUGGUUGGAUUCAUACCAGGUCCUGGAGGUGAAGGCCAAUGUCUUAGCAUUACCACAAAACUUGAACGUGCUUUGGAAAAAGUAGCACCUCUUUUAAGAGAAAUCUUUGUAGACUUUGCUCCCUUCCUUUCCCGCACACUGCUUGGCAGCCACGGCCAGGAGUUGCUGAUAGAAGGUACAGGCCUUGUUUGUAUGAAGUCAAGUACAUCUGUCGUGGAGCUGGUUAUGCUGCUUUGUUCUCAGGAAUGGCAGAAUUCAAUACAAAAGAAUGCAGGCCUUGCAUUUAUAGAGUUGAUCAAUGAAGGAAGACUUCUUUGUCAUGCUAUGAAAGACCACAUAGUUCGCGUGGCGAAUGAGGCCGAAUUCAUUUUGAACAGGCAGAGAGCCGAAGAUGUCCACAAACAUGCAGAGUUUGAGUCCAACUGUGCCCAGUAUGCUGCUGACAGGAGAGAAGAGGAGAAGAUGUGUGACCAUCUCAUAAGUGCUGCGAAACACAGGGAUCAUGUGACAGCUAAUCAGCUAAAGCAGAAGAUCCUAAACAUUUUAACAAACAAGCAUGGAGCUUGGGGUACACUCUCUCAGAGUCAGUUGCAUGAUUUCUGGCGCCUGGACUAUUGGGAAGAUGAUCUGCGAAGGAGAAGGCGUUUUGUCCGCAAUGCCUUUGGGUCCACCCACCCAGAUGUCAUGCUGAAAUCUAUAGAAGACUAUGGUACAGAAGAAGAUGAUGUCUUGAAAUCAAAGAAAAGCUUCCGUAGCCAAGCAGUAGUGAACCAAAAUGCAGAAGCUGAGCUCAUGCUGGAAGGAGAUGAUGAUGCUGUCAGUCUUUUACAAGAAAAGGAGAUUGACAAUCUGGCAGCAUUUUUCCUUCCCAGAAUAUUUACAUCAAGAGGACCAGUUGUCCUCAGCACACCGGCACAACUUAUAGCUCCUGUUAUUGUGGCUAAAGGAACUCUGUCCAUUACAACUACAGAAAUAUAUUUCGAAGUAGAUGAAGAUGAUUCUUCUUUUAAAAAGAUCGACUCCAAAGUGCUUGCAUAUUCUGAAGGCCUUCAUGGAAAAUGGAUGUUCAGUGAGAUCCGAGCUGUAUUCUCCAGGCGGUAUCUUCUCCAGAACACUGCUUUGGAAGUGUUUAUGGCAAACAGAACAUCUGUUAUGUUCAACUUUCCCGAUCAAGCAACAGUCAAGAAGGUUGUCUACAGCUUACCUAGAGUUGGAGUUGGCACUAGUUAUGGUCUGCCACAAGCAAGGAGAAUUUCAUUGGCCACUCCUCGCCAACUGUUCAAGUCCUCCAAUAUGACACAGCGUUGGCAAAGAAGAGAAAUUUCCAACUUUGAGUACCUGAUGUUCCUCAACACCAUAGCUGGGAGGACGUAUAAUGAUUUAAAUCAGUAUCCUGUCUUCCCAUGGGUGUUAACCAACUAUGAGUCAGAAGAAUUGGACCUGACCCUACCUGGAAACUUCAGAGACCUCUCAAAGCCUAUUGGAGCAUUAAACCCAAAGAGAGCUGUCUUCUAUGCUGAACGUUAUGAGACGUGGGAAGAUGAUCAGACACCACCAUACCAUUAUAACUCGCACUACUCCACUGCUGGAUCCACGCUCAUAUGGCUUGUUAGAAUUGAGCCAUUUACUACAUUCUUUCUCAAUGCAAACGAAAAUAAAUUUGACCAUCCAGAUCGCACCUUCUCUUCUAUUGCAAGAUCAUGGCGGAAUUGUCAAAGAGAUACCUCAGAUGUCAAGGAGCUGAUCCCAGAGUUCUACUAUCUCCCUGAGAUGUUUGUGAACAGCAAUGCAUAUAAUCUGGGAGUUAGAGAUGACAGAACAGUUGUAUCUAAUGUUGAUCUCCCGCCUUGGGCUAAAAAGCCAGAAGAUUUUGUCCGGAUAAAUCGAAUGGCCCUGGAAAGUGAGUUUGUUUCCUGUCAGCUACAUCAAUGGAUUGACCUUAUUUUUGGAUACAAGCAACGAGGCCCAGAGGCUGUGCGUGCCCUGAAUGUCUUUCACUAUUUGACCUAUGAGGGUUCAGUAAAUUUGGACAGUGUCACAGAUCCUGUUCUCAGAGAGAUACCUGAGCCUUAUUUUAUUAGAGAUCCUCACAAUUUCCUCCUUACUGCAGACUUUAUAAAGGCAAUGGAGGCACAAAUACAGAAUUUUGGACAGACGCCAUCUCAGUUGCUUAUUGAGCCACAUCCACCUCGGAGCUCUGCCAUGCACCUGUGUUUCCUUCCACAGAGUCCCCUCAUGUUUAAGGAUCAGAUGCAGCAGGAUGUUAUCAUGGUGCUCAAAUUCCCAUCCAACUCUCCUGUUACACAUGUGGCAGCAAACACACUACCCCACCUCACCAUCCCAGCUGUGGUAACAGUUACAUGCAGUAGACUCUUUGCUGUCAAUCGCUGGCACAACACAGUAGGCCUCAGAGGGGCCCCUGGCUAUUCUCUGGAGCAGGCUCAUCACUUACCCAUUGAAAUGGAUCCAUUAAUUGCAAACAACUCGGGUAUGAACAAAAGGCAAAUUACAGACUUAGUGGACCAAAGCAUCCAGAUCAAUACACACUGCUUUGUUGUGACUGCUGAUAACCGAUACAUACUAGUUUGUGGAUUCUGGGAUAAAAGCUUUAGAGUCUACUCCACUGAGACAGGAAAACUGACACAGAUUGUUUUUGGCCACUGGGAUGUCGUGACAUGCCUAGCACGGUCUGAAUCUUACAUUGGUGGUGACUGCUAUAUUGUGUCUGGAUCAAGAGAUGCCACUCUGCUUCUGUGGUACUGGAGUGGAAGACAUCAUAUCAUUGGUGAUAACCCUAAUAACAGCGACUACCCAGCACCCAGAGCAGUUCUCACUGGUCAUGAUCACGAGGUGGUUUGUGUUUCUGUGUGUGCUGAGCUGGGCCUGGUCAUCAGUGGAGCUAAAGAAGGACCAUGUCUAGUGCACACAAUCACAGGAGACCUUCUGCGAGCAUUAGAAGGUCCAGAGAACUGCCUCUAUCCAAGACUUAUUUCAGUGUCCAGUGAGGGACACUGCAUUAUCUAUUAUGAGCGAGGGAGAUUUUGUAACUUCAGCAUCAAUGGAAAACUUCUGGCUCAAAUGGAGAUUAGUGACUCAACAAGAGCUAUACUUUUAAGUAGCGAUGGACAGAACCUUGUAACAGGGGGUGACAAUGGAGUUGUUGAAGUAUGGCAAGCUUGUGACUUUAAGCAACUGUAUAUUUAUCCUGGAUGUGAUGCAGGUAUCAGAGCAAUGGAUCUGUCACAUGAUCAAAGGACUCUGAUUACUGGAAUGGCUUCUGGAAGCAUUGUUGCUUUUAACAUUGAUUUUAACCGAUGGCAUUAUGAACAUCAGAACAGAUACUGAACCGUGACCAAGGAGUGAGUGCAUUGGGAAUGGCAGUUUGCGAGCCGAUAGCACAAGUACAGCAGGGAACAACCAGUGAACAAGAAAAGAAAAAUGGAAACUUCAGUAUCAAGCCCUCUGAUCCUCGCUCCAUCACGCCCAGCAAUAGCAGUCCAUUAUAGUCCAGUACCAUCCUCGCUUGUGUUCUUAAUUCAUGCCUAGACGCCAGCUGCUAAUUGCUGUAGCUCGUAUCAUGUAAACUCAUGAACAGUGGUUGAUUCUGGCAGACAUACUUCUGAUUAUUUAUUUGGGAGAAGUGCAAACCUUCAUUGAACACAUUUUGGAAGAAAAAAAAAACAUUUUGAGGGAAAAAUGAACUUCUACAUGCAUACACAAAUAAAGAAACAAUCGUAAAAUAUUUUACACUACUCUUUUUGUUCUUAUUUCAGUCAUAUUUUUCAAGCUGUGAAAAAAACACAUUUGAUACUUUGUACAUCAGAUGCACAUCGUAAAGGGAUACUUUUGUAAAAGUAAAACCUUGUAUAAAAGAACAAAAAAAAAAAAAAAAAAAAAAAAAGUUUCUUAUCCUGGCGUGAAGUUCCAUUGUGCAUGUAUUGUAAAUCUGGUGUAUUGGUCGAACAGAUGCAUUACAAAGCCAAGAAAAGCUUGACGGACGGCGAGAUCGAGACAGAGACGUUACUUUGUCGAAUGACUGUCUCGAGCGGCUUUGCUAACUUGUGCCCACCUGAGGGUACUGAAGAGUGAGUUCGGAAUCUGCCCCCUUCAACAACAUAACCAAUGACACAUCGUGUGAUCAACGAUUUUUACUUCCAUGUAAAUGUGCACUCAUUUCACUGAGAACAUUUUGAACCCUGAUUAUAAAUUUUAAAAAUCUAACAUAUUAUUGAUUACCUUGCUCUUUUCAAAUGAAAAUCUAAUAAGUAAAGGCCAUCUAUUGUCUAUCAUGAUUUGGUUUUGGUGGAUAUAUAUUAUAUAUGCACCGUGUAAAGGAAGUUUAUGUUUCUUCAUUUUGGAAUGAUGUGAAGGUAAACGAGGGCCGCUUUGGUGCUUUCCUCGUGGGUCUGGUUGGUCUGGUCAUUCUCAGGCGCCAGUUCUUUUUUCCUGUAGAGUUCCACUUGGGUUUUUAUUUACGAAUCUUCUUGCACAGCCGGCUUAUAAAAACACAUCCAGGGUAAAUCAUUUCUGAUUCUUCACGUUUCUUUGUAUAUUUGGUGACUGUUUUGUCAUAGAUGUACAUAUUGUGUUGGUAGGGCUAUGAGGCAUGUAAUGGGAAUGUAAUUUUCUCAAAAAAAAAAAUACAAUCACUUGCAGACAUUUAUUUAAAAGUUAAUUAAUGGAAUCUUUGUAUUGGCACUUUGCACCGGAUACAUAUCAUUAUUUAUUGCUGUGAUUACUUAUUUGUCAUUCACCUUGUAUUAGUAAAUUUUAGCACUGAAUUCUUUAUUCAUUGUUGUUUGUAUUUAUAGACUAUAAAAUAACGGGGGAACCAAUGUAAUGAUUAAGUUGUACAACCACAAGUCAGUAAGCAAUAUCAUGAGUUUGUAGCUUAGAAUUCGGGGGACUAUUUAAGCAUCUGGAACAAAAGAAUAAAACUUAAAAACAGGUUAAUGUCAUCCAGAGAUCACAGUGAAAUAUUUUGGAUAUAUAAAAUCCUAAAGCUAUUGUAACCAUGUUUUAUUGCAAAGAUGUAAAAUAUGCCAGAUGUGUGUGAGCUGGAAGUUAAAACAAGAAAAAUAAAAUAUGCAAAGAACUCUGA